UCAAGUCGUCACCAUCACUUCCGCCGAGCGUUACGCAAAUCUGCACAUGCGCAGUGUCGCUCCGCAGACGGUCCUUUUUAUGCUUAGCGUGGAACGACUAGCAUCAAACGAGCCUCAGGAUGCAGCUCUUUUUGCGUGCCCAGAAUACUCACACCCUUGAGGUGACCGGACAGGAGACUGUUGGCCAGAUUAAGGCCCAUGUCCAGACUCUGGAAGGACUCCAUGUGGAGGAUCAGGUCCUGCUGCUUGCUGGGUGCCCACUGGAGGACAACGCCUCCCUGGCAUCUUGUGGUGUGUCCGAGCAUUGUACCCUGGAGGUUGCCGGCAGGCUGCUUGGAGGUAAGGUGCACGGUUCACUUGCCCGUGCUGGAAAAGUGAGAGGCCAGACUCCCAAAGUCGACAAACAGGAGAAGAAAAAAAAGAAGACUGGCCGUGCCAAGCGCCGUAUCCAGUACAACAGGCGCUUCGUGAAUGUCGUGCCCACCUUCGGAAAGAAGAAGGGUCCAAAUGCAAACUCCUAAUCAGCAACCCGGAGGAGAAACAACGCCAUCUGUCAUCUUUUACCAAGUUAAUGUUUAUUUCUGUACAGAAUAAAGAAGUUUAACUUGGCUUCAA